AUGGCAGACGCUCACGAACAGGUGGACUGGCAUUCUGGGGAGUCGGACCACAGUAUUGAAUCGGACGGCAGCGUCGAGGAUCUGGAUAGCGGAGAAGAUAGCGAGUCGGCGGCGUCCGAGAAUGCUUCACCGGAGCCGAUCUUACUUGCGGGCUGGGAGCCGUCCGAUCCCGAGGACGAGGCGCAAGUCGUUGCGAACGGGGCGGGCUGGGGUGCGGACGAGUCAGACGAUGCCGCUGAGCGCGGCUGGGCGUAUGGCCCCAGUCCUAGCGGUAACGGUGUCUGCAUCUAUGAGGAUGAUGAUCUGGGCUGGGCUGUGUCUAAGCGCUGGCGGGGCUGGCGGUUCCGAUCGGACGACCAUGUGGAGGCCAACGUCGAAGGCGCGGUGUCGACCGUCAUCCCGCGAGUCUUGCCCCUCAAUGGCCACAACCGACUGCUGGCUGGCCAGUUCUUCUUGUUCGCCGACGUACUGGAGCGUGUGAUCCCUCCUCCCAACGUCUUAGCUGUAGGCAGCUUCUGGCGGCCCAACAACGAUGGUGGGGAGGCGUUACGAGCCGUGGCGCAUAUCCUUUGCACCUGCCAGCUAUGGCACGAUACGUUGAUGGGGAUGGGUUACAUCUGGGGUGCACUCGUACCCUCGGCGCAUAACGAGAGAACUCUCUCUCUCCUGCUGCAACGAGCCCGCGGAGCUAACCUGCGGCUUGCAUAUACGAAGGGCAUCCCCAAGGCGACAACGGAUUCCUUGCUUGAUCGCGCAACGGCCGUAUAUGCUGGGCCAGACUGUCCAUGGCGGAACUUUGCCAGAGUUUUGACGCGACGCCUACCGCUUCUAGAGGUACUCAUCCUGCGUCCGGAUACGAAAGGGUUGCGGUUUGUGCCUCAAAAGUCUUUCGACGGAGUCCUUGAUGCGCCGCUCAUGUAUAUUUGCGAGCUCUCUUGCCCGGUGCCACUCCUCAAAGCUCCGAACCUACGCCGUCUUGCCAUCCGGUUCUGCACCGUCGCUCAAAUCGAGCACACGCUUUCGGGUCUUGCCGAGGUCUCUCUCGUUCGUCUGGUGCUGGAGAACCUCCAGGAUAUGCAGCGUAUGGACUUGACGGAGCUUCUUCGCAACGUGCGCCGAGACCGUCUAUCUUUCCUCCGUAUUGGCGCUUCGUACGACCAAGUCACGGGCAUGGACGCCUCUGGCGAACGACUCGCGUUUCCCGCACUGUCAACGCUCGAUAUCCCUGGACCUGCAUGGCUGUCCGGGCCCAACGUCCGCUUCGCCAAGAUGUUCAAUGUCGACGUGGAGGAAGCAGUCUGCAUACUUGCUGGGCUCCCAAACGUCGAGAAAUUGCAUAUCCGCGGCCGGGCCGAAUACGAUCUGCACCGGCGCCCCGCUUUACACGCAUCUCCUCACGUCGACCUGCCCCUCACACUGGCUCGCGCGCACACCAUCCACCUCGCGGGUGUCAUGUCCGAGGAGACGUGCACUCUGCUCCAGAGUAUCACAACGAAAGGGCUGAGGUACCUCGAGAUGUUCUGCGACAUGCCCGCGGCGCCUGUCCACCAAGUUCUCGAUGACGUACGCGAACAAAUCCGCCAAAGCGUCGCUGCGACUUCGGCGACGACUGCAUCAGCCGCUCUGUGCACCGCUUUGUUGGACGCACAACGCGCUCUACGAGCCGUUGGGCACCAUAUCAUUGCGCGCAGAUUAAACGACAUCGAUGGCUUUCCCGUGAGACAGUGGGGCUGGGGUGUCACGGAAGGCCUUACGGAGAUGCCAUCAUGGCCGCUGGUGGAAUCCGCCGCGCGCCAGGCCAUCGAGGAGCUCACUCGAGCGUAUGAGCUCCCUCCAGCGCGUCACAACGGCUUCUUGUUGACGCGGGUUGCUCGUGCCGCCUUAGAAUCCAUGGGCAUCGAGGACAUAGAUGCAGUGGAGACGGAUUUGGACAUUGGGCCGGGAGGAAGGGGUAUCCGCUGUUUGGCGCGCGUCGGCCAGAGUGGGCUGGCGUUCAUCAUGGCCGAUGGAGAGAGUAACGAGUGGCCCCAGGCGCAUGCUCACGACGAGCGUCACGACUCUGCAAUCUUUGGGCUCGCGCGGAUGCUCUCCGGUCUCAUGUUCCUCAAACCGGUGCAUAUACGCGUGCGGGACGACAACUUUCGAGCCCUGGGCUGGGGCUUUGGCGACGAAGACAAGCAUGCGCUUCGCCAGGUACUGCGCCAGUACGAUACUGUCAGCUGCAUGAUCUUCGACUACUCGUGGUUGAGCUCAUCGCGUUUCGACUUGUUGAACAUACUCGCCGACCCAACGACGCUCCCCGGUUUGCAACGGUUGAUCAUCAUCUGCGCGGCGCCCUUUAGCAGACCCGUUGGGGAGUACAUCAACGGUCGCUACAUUGGUCCCAGUCAAGAGGAGCCGCAGAAGAUCGUCGCGGCGGCGCUGGAGAUGCUGAACUCACGCGCGGUCACCGACGAGGCUUUAGAAUGCCUCGAGAUACGUGGUGGAUUCUGUAUGUCCGAAGAUCUCGUGUCUGAGGGUCAUAGUUUGGCCGGACGCCUGGUGCUGGAGCAUGUUCAAUGCGUGCGCCCGGGUGGUGCCGAGUUCUGCGCCGUGUGUCAAAAGUGGAACUAG